AGGCACCAUCCAAAGCAUUAGGCAACGUUAGUGGUGCAAAGUCGUUGAAGGAUCUUACAAUUACUCCAAUGGACAAAUUUCCAUAUCUUCAACUUCUUGUACAAAGUUUAAUAGUGCUGAAGGUGCUAACCGUUAGCAAUGGUACUCCUCAAGCAACUGCUGUUAACCCGUUGUCCCCUCAAACGCAAACUGAUCAACGAAUUGCCGCCGUAAGAGAUCUAUUAGUACAUCUGGACCGGGCCCACCAGCUGCUCGUGCUGACCUGCUGGUCACCCUCCGUUCGGUAUGCGCUUUGGCAAAGCGUACGAGAAUCAACUGCCACCUCGCACCGGGGAACCGCUUCCGUUCGCUUCGCUCCAAUCGAUCAGCGCCAUCUUCCCUGGCACGAUCCUAAUCAGCAUCAAAUCGUGAUCGUACUCGAUCUAUCCUGCCCCGGCACGGAUCAAUUGCUCGAAAGUGCACGGCAGCUGCUUUACUACCGCGUACGGUGGAUCGUGUUCCGAAGCAGCAUUGAGCAUCCGGGAGGAUCUGUGCGGGGUUGGAGCAAUUGUAGCGAGUAUUCGGUGCUCGAUCGGCUACCGUUGCUGGUCAGCAAUGAACUGUUUUACUUUUGCACGGAAACGAGCACCGGUCAGCAUCUGGUUAGGCAACAGUAUCGUCUGGCGGCGAGGUCGGCGAGCUCUUCGGUGCCGAUCUACGAAACGUUUGGCACUUGGAAUGCAGCACUGGGAGUACGGGUGGUGGUUGAUUCUAAAGUACGACCACCGGUGACGUCGAUAAGGAGGCAAAAUUUCCACAAAUUUCAGCUGCGCGCUUCUCUCGUCAUACUGCACAAUGAAACGCUGAACCAUUUGGAUGAUCUUCAUGAUAAACACAUCGAUACAUUAUCACGUGUGAACUAUCUCCUCACAAAGUCGGUCGCCCAUGCACUCAACGCAACGGUCAAGUUCAGCAUCGUAGACACGUGGGGCUAUCGGGAUCGGGAAACGGAUCGCUACAACGGCAUGAUCGGUGAGCUGCAGCGCGAUCUGGCCGAUCUGGGCGGUACGUCCAUGUUUUUCACCCAGGACCGUAUCAAGUCGGUCGAUUUCCUUGCGAUGACCGCUUCGACGCGGGCCAGCUUUAUAUUUCGUGCCCCGAAGCUUUCCUUCACCAGCAACGUGUUUGUGCUGCCGUUCGAUCAGUACGUUUGGUACUGUACGGUCAGCUUCAUCGUGCUGUCCGGCGUACUGCUGCUGGUGAUGUUACGCACCGAGCAGCGUUACACUGCAGGAGAUGGAGAAGGAAGAGGAAGUGCAAUUGGAAGCAACAGCCCCGCCGCCGUUACAGGGUUAUCCGAUACGCUGCUCAAUGUGUUCGGUACCACCUGCCAGCAGGGGUCGUUUAUCGAACCGCAAACGGCACCCUCGAGAUGCCUGAUACUGCUGUGCCUGGUGGUGCUGAUGUUCCUUUAUGCCAGCUAUUCGGCAAACAUUGUCGCCCUCAUACAGGCACCUUCCACCAAGAUACAAACGCUGGAAGAUUUGCUGGCGUCGAGAUUAAAAACCGGCGCUGAGGAUACCGUUUACAAUCAGUACUACUUUCGGACGGAAACGGAACCAAGCCGGAAGGCACUUUACGAGCGCAAAAUGCGAAACAAAGAUGGGACGGAAAACUUUCUCCCCCUCGCACAGGGCGUUGAGCUGAUCCGACAGGGCCACUACGCGUUUCACGUCGAACGGGGCGUUUGCUACAAGCUGAUCAGCGAAACGUUUCAGGAGGAGGAAAAGUGUGGCCUGCAGGAGGUAGAAUAUUUGAAGGUGAUCGAACCGUACUACGCGAUACAGAAGAACAGCUCCUUCCGCGAGCCGGUACGUAUAAAUUUGUUUAAAUUGCGCGAGUUCGGAAUACAGGGCCGGGAGCAUACGCUGCUUUACACGAAGAAACCACGGUGCGUUGGGGGCAGCAGCUUCAUACCGGUGUCGAUCGUGGACGUUUGGCCCGCACUGGUGACGCUGGGCUGGGGUUACCUGCUUACGGUAGCGGUGCUGAUUGCCGAACUGCUGUGGUUUCGGUUGCGUUCACGCAUCUUGCCAACGGCCGGAUACUUUCAAUAGGAAGUAAAGAA